UUAGAUGCAAGGAAUGUGAGGUUGGUUGAUGGUAACAGUCGCUGUGCUGGUAGAGUGGAGGUUUAUCAUAGAGGUCAGUGGGGAACAGUGUGUGAAGAUGACUGGGAUUUGGCUGAUGCUGCAGUGGUGUGUAGAGAACUGGACUGUGGAGAACCUGUAGAUGCUCUGGGUGAUGCUCACUUUGGACCAGGAUCAGGACCAAUCUGGAUGAGUACUUUAAGUUGUUAUGGGAUGGAAUCUACAUUAAAAAGCUGUGGAGCGGCAGGAUGGGGCCAACACACCUGUGGUCAUAAUGAUGAUGCUGGAGUCAUCUGCUCAGAUCAUAAACAGUCCAGACUUAUUGACGGAUCUCAUCUGUGCUCUGGGAGGUUAGAGAUCCUUCAUGAUCAGACGUGGAUGUCAGUGUGUGAUGCUGCAUUUGACCAGCAGGAUGCAGAGGUUGUGUGUAGAGAGCUGGACUGUGGGGCUCCUGCUCAGGUGCUGAGAGCUGCUGCUUUUGACAAAGGAGACACUCAGAUGUGGACACAAGAGAUUCACUGCAGAGGAGAUGAGACUCGCAUUUCAUUCUGUUUAAUGUCACAAUCACACAAAAACAAUUGCACAAAUGCCAGUAGAGUAAGCCUGAUAUGUUCAGGUAAGGAAAUAAUGUACUGUACAGGGUCCUUAAAUGUGUUACUGUACAGAACUUGUCUCAUUGUUAAGUAUUAUUUGAUAAUAGACAUUUUUGUAAAGGGCCUUACAAUACCAACAUGUCUUUGCACAGGUUACACGGAUUUUCGACUGGUCAAUGGUUCAGACUCUUGUUCUGGAAGAGUGGAGCUUCAGUAUUUCAGUAAAUGGGGCACAGUGUGUGAUGCAUGCUGGGAUAUGAGAGCUGCCAGUGUCCUCUGUAAACAGCUGAAUUGUGGGAUUGCUGUGUCUGUUGUGGGAUCAGACUGGUUUGGAGAGGGAAGUGGUGAAAUCUGGGCUGAUGUGUUUGAUUGUGACGGGAAUGAAACAAAACUCUCCGAAUGUUCAAUCUCUUCAUGGAGUCGAGCUGAACGUUCUCAUAGACGAGAUGUUGGAGUCAUCUGCUCUAACUCGUCUCUGGCUCUUCAUGAGGGUCUGGUGCGGUUGUCUGGAGGGAGACAGUGUGAGGGGCAGGUGGAAGUUUUGAUCCAGCAGGUCUGGAGGAAGGUUCUGCUGGACUCCUGGAGUCUCACUGAAUCCUCUGUGGUCUGCAGACAGCUGGGCUGUGGCUCUGUGCUCAACUUCUCCGGCUCCUCUUCAUCCAGUUCUGAACACAGUCAUGAGUGUGUGAUGGGCUUCCAGUGCUCUGGGAGUGAAGCUCAUCUGGGGAACUGCAGCUCUCCACAAACUCUCAACUGCAGCUCCACACAACAGCUGUCAAUCACCUGCCUUGGCCGCGGGUCCAUCAGGCUGGUGGGUUCUGGGGGAGACUGUGCAGGGAGGCUGGAGGUUUUUCACAGCGGCUCAUGGGGGACAGUGUGUGACGACUCCUGGGAUAUUAAAGAUGCCCAUGUGGUGUGCAGACAGCUGCAGUGUGGAGUGGCCCUCAGUAACCAGCAGGUACCAGCCUGGUUUGGUCCUGGUUCUGGACCCAUAUGGCUGGAUGAGGUGGAGUGUGAGGGGAAUGAGACGUCCCUGUGGAGCUGCUCUUCUCCAGGCUGGGGAAAACAUGACUGUCGACACAAGGAGGAUGUAGGAGUCGUCUGCUCUGCGUUUAAAGAGAUCAGGUUAACUGAAGGCUGUGAAGGGAAUGUGGAGGUUUUCUACAAUGGAUCCUGGGGAAAUGUGUGCUGGAAUCAGAUGGAAAUAGACACAGUGAGUAUUAUUUGUCAAGAGCUGAACUGUGGAAGAUCUGGUGUUUUGUCUGUUUCUACAUCAAGACUGAAAUCAGCUCCUAACUGGCUGGACAAAGUAACAUGUCGAUCACAUGAUUCACAUCUUUUGCAAUGUCCGUCUUCAAUUUGGGGACAAAAUGACUGUAAUACAGAUGAAGUGGCCAAAGUUACCUGCUCAGGUAAAAUUAUAGAAUAUUGUUCACUACACAAUACAGAAAUAUUGCUUUAAUACUUUGAGUAUACAUAGAAAAAGACACAUUGCAUAUAUUACUGUAUCUGAUGAUUACAGAAAAGGAGAGUCCUGCAUCCCCCAGAAGUUAUCUUACUAUUUCCACAUCUCCUCACCAAAGACAAU